UACAUAGUGGGACUCGGCAAGGGUCGCACAGGGGCCUGCUUGGGCUCGGUGUCGAGGUGUGGGACGUGGCCCGCCAGCUGGCCUCCUGGUGAGGAAGCUCGGUCCUGCACUAGCGGGGGAGGGAGGACAUCCUGGUAGGGAGGGGCCGCACUGCGGCUACUCUGGCCAGGGCCCUGGCUGCUUCUGCUAGUUUUGGCCUCUGUGUGCCAUGGAGGGGGAGGAGGUGGCUAAGGCACCUUGUGGCCUUGUGGUACAGAUGCUUUUCUGUCAGUGUGUGAGUACGUGUGUGUGCUUGCAGGUCUCUCUGGGGUCAUCCAUAUGAGCACACUACCCAACUGUUCCAGGAGAGGGUGAAAGCAUACUUGUGUCAGUGUUGGAAUGUGUGUCUAGGGUUGCGUGGACACUUCAAGCAUGUGUGCCGGCUGUGUGUGUGUGUGUGUGUGUAUGUGUGUCUGCAUGCCUGGUUAUACUAGUACUUCUCAUGGACCAGUAUGUCUGGCCGAGUCAGCUCUAGGGGCAGCGUAUUCUUUGGUCUCUGAAAGAGCCUCCUCCUGAGAGGCUGCCUGGCUCUGUAAAGGUCACUCUCCAGCUCUUGCCUCGGGAAGCUAAAAGAAGGCUGUUUUCUCUGCAGGUUUUACCCCUGGGGUGUCUGUAUCCCACUGAGGGGUAGACGCACCUCAGACCUUGGCAAGGGUCCAGCUUCCCUCCACCAUUUCUGUUUUGGAUCCCCCAGCACCAAGCAUGUCCAUGACUUACUUGUGGGCCUGGAGAAAGCAGGGUGGUUCUUGCUGGGCCACAAGUUGAAUUCCUCUCUCCUCCACCAGGCCUGCUUUCUACCUACAGUGACCACUGGAUUUGGUGGUGUGCCAAAGAGAUGGGAGUAGAGCCCAAAGGUUGGCACACAAGGCAAGGGAGAGGCCGGCAGAGUUGGUGUCACCUGCCUCUAGCAGUUCCCGGAAUCCACCUGUUUUACACCAGGUUUCUGGGGUGCUAGUCUCUAAAAACUGUCGCAUGGAGCCACGUUAGGCACCUCCUACUGCUCAGGAAGAUAGGAAGUAAAACCAUGACUCCAUUUUACUGACGGAUAGUGGGUGACUGGCUUGGUUCUCAUGCCAGAAGUGUCAGGGUGCUGGGAUCCUUCUGCUCUGUUGGUCGUGGGGAGAGACGAUGAUCCCUGACGGAACAGGUGAAGAUGGAUGUGGGUCUGACCUUCCUAUCCGUGAUAGCAGACACUAAGUGAAAUAAUGAUGGGGAUCCUGUCUUCUCACCCCCCCCCAGACUGCGGGGGGUGCUGGUUGUUAACACUUCCUGCCCUCAGAUGUCCAGUUGGCAUGUCUCCCUUUGAACUCAUGUUAACAUCCUGCACGAUCCAUGGUGGCCCAAAGGCUCUCCGCACUUCACAGACACCCAUCCAGACACACAGAUGGCUGUAAAGUCACACCUCUUCCCCUGCUGUACCUGCUACUGUUCGCCUCACCUGCUGGAGCCGAAUCUUGCUUCCCUGAAGCACCCUAGGUGGUCCAGAGGAUCAAGGCUGUGGAGGGGCAGACUCGGCUGCUCGUGGUGGACAAGGAGACGGAUGAGGAGCUCAGCAGACGGCAGCUGACCUGCACCGAGGAGAUGGCCCAUCGAGGCCUUCCACCAGUCCACAACCCCUGGGAACCAAAGCAUGACUGGGCACGCUCGGGCAGCCUUGGCUCGGACACUGGCCAGAAGGAUGUCAAUGGGCCCCCGAGAGAGCUGCGUCCCCGGCUCUGCCACUUGCGAAAGGGACCCCAGGGCUAUGGGUUCAACCUGCAUAGUGACAAGUCCCGCCCUGGUCAAUACAUCCGCUCUGUGGACCCGGGCUCGCCUGCUUCCCACUCUGGCCUCCGUGCCCAGGACCGGCUCAUUGAGGUGAAUGGGCAGAAUGUGGAGGGGCUGCGCCAUGCUGAAGUUGUUGCCAGAAUCAAGGCCCGGGAGGAUGAGGCCCGGUUGCUGGUGGUAGAUCCAGAGACUGAUGAACACUUCAAGCGGUUGCGGGUCAUACCCACUGAGGAGCAUGUGGAAGGUCCACUGCCAUCACCAGUCACAAACGGGACCAGUCCUGCCCAGCUCAACGGUGGCUCCGUGUGCUCAUCCCGAAGCGACCUGCCAGGCUCGGAGAAGGACAAUGAGGAUGGCAAUGCCUGGAAGCGAGACCCCUUCCAGGAGAGUGGCCUCCACCUGAGUCCCACAGCAGCCGAGGCCAAGGAGAAGGCUCGAGCUACCCGGGUCAACAAGCGGGCACCACAAAUGGACUGGAACCGGAAGCGAGAGAUCUUCAGCAACUUCUGAGCCCCUCUCUGCCUAUCCGGGAGCCCGGGGCCUCUUCCUGCACGGACCUUUGGCCUCUCCAGAGCUCCCCAAGCUCAGCAGACUGGAGGGUGGCUAUCAUGCUGCCCAGAAAACACCCAUGACCCCAUGACCCCUUGUCUUGUCCACUGGGUGCUGCGGAUGUCAUAGCGAGAUGAGGGAAGAGAGAAACCCAGAGAUGUGUGAGAGAGACAGAGACAGAAACAGACAGACAGGCAGAAAGACUGACAGAGAGACAGAGACACAGUGAGAGAGGGAGGAGCUAUGAAUGGUGGUUUGCCAAGGGCCUUUGCUGUUUGCCUCAGGCCUGCCGACUGAAAGGAAUUCAUGUUUUCGCUUUUUUUCCUAAAAGGUCUCCAGCUCCACAUAUGUUUCUAGUUAAUAGUGGAGCCCCCUCCCCCACCCCCUCGGGACUCACUCUCUAAAUAAUUGCAAUAAAACAAACCUUUCUCUGCAAACCCUUUCUUACCCACCCUGUCAGCAGCGCCAUCCUGAGCAGAGACCAGGGACUCCAGGGGACAGAUAGCCAGGGGCCGGCCCACAGGGCCAGCUGUGUCUGUAGGAACUUCCCUAGUGAGGGAUGGUCCCUAGGCCAGGCGGCUCUCCUCCGCCUGGCUACCCCUGCGCUGCCUCCCACGUGCCGGGUUCUGGAAUGCAAUGCCUCGGCUCUCUGAGGGACCCGGGGAUGGAGGUUCCCUGACUGCUGCGCGAGAGGGGAGCUCCGGACCACCCACCCCUGUCCUGCUCUGCAGCUCGGACCCUGGAGAUGGUGGGCCUGGCCCUUGCCUUCUGCCGACCUGGCACCCACCCUCUGCCCUUUCCUCAGUGCUUUCAACGCCCAGACUCACUUAUUGGCACCGCAGUCUGCCUCAUAAGCCAUAGCGCACGUGCGCACCCUCAAAUUAAACAGGCCUUGCCUUGGA